AUGUACCAGGGGGUGCUCUUCAACAGAUCGCUAGGCAGCACAGCACCUAAACCUAACGCGACAAUAACUGCCCCCAGCGCAACAGGCUCGCCAACCUACUACAAAACCGCCACACCCACCAACCCAACACAAAGCAGCACCAUCAGCCAGUACAGCGCCUACUACCUAAUUACGCCCAGCAACAACUGCUUCAUACGACCCUCUGCCGACGGCACCUGGCUGCGCGGCGUCACCUGCCAGGGGACCGCGUUCAGCGACUACUGCUUGCCAUUUGGCUUCUGCGGCAGCAGGCCCAAGUACUACGGCGGCAAUAAUGACGAUGACGACGGCGGCGGCGGCGGCAGGUCCAAAACGGAAGACGGCACAUACAGCCCAGACUACGGUAAGACGAUGUGCACGCCGCAGUUUGGCGGCUAUUGCAGCAUCUACGGCUUUUACAGGUCCAGGUCAGACUUUUGCGCACCCAGGAACUACCACUCAGGCAACUACAAGCCCAACGUAGACAGCCCGUCAACAAACAGGGAGUGCAGGCCCAACAACGCAGGGAACAAGACGUGCACUAGGACGCAGUUUAGGGCGUGCUGCUCGGUACACGGCUUCUGUGGUGAUAGGGACAACUAUUACAAGGGUCUGGCUGUUAUAGCGGCGCCUGUGUCCCCCGGGUAUAUAGUUUAG